UUAGGACAAGUGACCAUGGCAGGCCAUGACUCGGGCUCUCAACACCAGUUCACUGGAUUCCAGAAGUACUUCAAUUCCUACACCAUCAUAGGCAGGAGGAAUUAUGUAUUAGCGACGUACGCCACCGUUGCAAUGAUCGUCUUAUACUUCAAAUUUAGGCCUAAAAAGAGUACUCCUGCAGUGGCAGAGAAGUGAAUGGUUGCUGGCAUGACUUAACCUCCCAUCUGUGUCACUGUAACAGAAGUUGAUGUCUUGUUAUGGCUAGUCUAAUAAAAUAUAUACAACAACUGGCUUUAAAAUAUGAAAUUGUGCAACAGAACAGA